GCGACGAGGAUGGCGAUGGUGCGACCGUUGUCCUGUGGAAGGGAAAACCUAUUAGCGAAGGCUAAGAGACUGGAAAGGAAUCACAUACGGCAGAACCGUAGAGCUUUCCGAAGGCCAUUGUGAAAAGCGUUUGUCUUUUUGGGGAGGAAGGACUGGGAAAGAGUAAGAAGAAAGAAGGGAAGAAAAAGGAGGGGAGCUCGAGGGGGUAUAAGAACGAAAUUUUGUGCGAAUCAAGACGGAGCGUCGGCACCGGAUGAACAUUUGCUCGUCCACGUGAUGCGUCGCACCCGUCGAAAAACCUCAGGAUGGCCGGAGACGGCAAAACGCUUCUGACCGGUGGAACGGAAUCCUUCCUUUGGCUCUGUCAUUUUACUCUUUAAUCUGUCAACCAAGGCCUCCCGCGACGCUGGAAUUGUACCACCAUGGCCUGGCAGAGUCCCAAUUGCAUCGUGCGUACAAUGCAGUCCGUCCGUCGCACCGUUCAAUUACGGUCUUUCCUUCAUACUUCCCCCAUAUCCACAUCACCUCUUCCGACGCUUACUACCCCGAUUCUCUUACAACAACCAAGAAGUGCUCGUGGCUAUGCGACGGAGGUUCAAGCGGCGCCAGAGAUUAACUUCGAGAAGUUCUAUGCCCAACCCGCUCGCAUUAUUCCUGCGUCACCCGCCUAUUUCUCCGGCAGCCCCAAGUUCAUCGAUCACCUCUUGAACCUGGAGACUGUCCUGGCCAAAUGGGCUUCAUUACCAACCCUCGCUCCGAGCGAGGCUCCCCGUAUGGCGUGGUUCAAAUUGACACAAUUCCGCGACUUCGUCGGCGAGCCUGUGCCGACGAAGAAAUACAAAAACCUUAUCAAAAUUUUACAACGACUUAAUAGAAUCGACCCGAAGAUCAUGCCAAUUGAAGUGCGCGAUACCCUAAAAACCUUCCUUCGUCCAGGAAAUCCUUAUGCGAAUAAGCCAGUGCCAGCAACAGUGGACGAGAUGGGUCGUGCUCGUGGUAAAGGGAAGCGGAAGACGUCCUCGGCCGUGGUCCAUUUGGUCGAAGGAGAGGGAGAAGUGAUGGUCAAUGGAAAGACCCUAGUAGAGGCAUUUCCUCGUCUACAUGAUCGAGAGAGUGCGACAUGGCCCUUGAGAUGUACGUCGAGGUUGGAUAAGUACAACGUGUGGGCUACUGUCCGAGGAGGAGGAGUUACUGGGCAAGCCGAGGCUAUUACAUUGGCCGUGGCACGGGCAUUGCUCGUCCAUGAGCCUGGACUAAAGCCCGUUUUGCGUAAAGCCGGUGUUAUCACGGUCGAUGCGCGUCGUGUUGAGAGGAAGAAACCUGGUCAUGUCAAGGCCCGCAAGAUGCCCACCUGGGUCAAGAGAUAAAGCAGGCCCAUCCCUGUUGUCCGGGGAGCUUCUUUCUUUCUCACCCUUCUCACUGCUGUAUUAUUCCAAUUUCCCCUGUGGUCCUCGACGAUGUAUAUUUUGUAUUGCACGCAUCCUUUCAGAUGUCACGGCGGUCGUUUCAAAAUACGACACUGCAUGGUCUCGGCGACAAGCAUGUACCUUAGCUAUUGGCGUUAAUCCAUCUGGUUCAAUCGAAUUAUUGGACAAGCGAUACUGUAGCACAGAGCCUUCGCUCAGGUAU